GAGAAACACAGCACCAUGUGGAGCUUCAACUUGCUCCUCUUCUGGGAUGAGAAUGAGUGUCUGGAUACCACCACGUGCCCCGCUUAUGCAACCUGCACCAACACUCUGGAGAGCUAUUACUGUACUUGCAAACGGGGCUUUCUGUCCAGCAACGGACUGACGCAUUUCAGGGGCCCAGGAGUGGCAUGCGAAGAUAUAGACGAAUGUUCUCAAAACCCCCCACCAUGUGGUCCCCACUCCGUCUGCAGAAACCUUCUGGGGAGGUACAAGUGCAGCUGUGUCCCUGGUUUCUCUUCUCCCACUGGAAAUGACUGGGUCCUGGGAAUGCCAGGUCGUUUCUCCUGCACAGACAUCAACGAAUGCCUCUCCACUGGUGUCUGCCCGGAGCAUGCUGAGUGUAUCAACUCCUUGGGAAGUUAUAGUUGCAGCUGCCAGGUUGGAUUCAUCUCUCACAACUCCGUCUGCAAAGAUGUGGAUGAAUGUGCCGAUCCCGGAAUUUGCCCAGAGCAUGCGACUUGCCGCAACAGUCCUGGAAGCUACUCUUGUGUCUGCAACCCAGGAUUUGAAUCGAGCAGUGGAAACACAAACAUCCAGGGCCCAGGAGAGACCUGUGAAGAUGUGGACGAAUGUGCCAGGAACUCAACUCUUUGUGGCCUCAGCUCUGUCUGUAUCAACAUCCUGGGAAGAUACAAUUGCUCCUGCCUGCCUGGGUUCUUUUCACCUGCUGUUUGGACCCCUGAGAAACCGGAGGAUUUCAGAUGUGUAGACAUUGAUGAGUGCCUUCACAUGUGCCCUUCCAACGCAACAUGCACCAACACCCCUGGGAGCUACUUCUGCACCUGCUCUCCUGGCUUUGCACCAAGCAAUGGACAGCUGAGCUUCACAGGCCAAGAAGUCGAAUGUAGAGAUGUUGAUGAGUGCUCCCAAGAUCCAUCACCAUGUGGCCCCAAUUCUGUCUGCACCAAUGUCCUGGGCUCCUACGGCUGUAGCUGCCCUGGGGGCUUUGAACCCAAUCCAGAAGGCUCCUUGAACUUCAGCUGCAAAAGGAUUCCCUUCAAGUGUAAAGAAGAUGUGAUACCCAACAAUGAGUGGGUCCAGCUCUGCCAAGUGGGAGGAGCAGUGGAGCCUGAAUAUGGCUCCUUCUGCGCACUACUGAAUACCACCUUCGGUGUUCUGGACGAUGCCUGUGGAAACAGAACGGCCACGGUGUCUCUGAAGAACACAGUGGAGAGCUUUGCCUCUGUGCUCGAGCAAACAUCCACAUGGUCUAACUUCACCAAAGAAGAGACCUCGGCGCUGGCCACUGUGGUCCUGGAGAGUGUGAAAAGCACCACCUUGGCAGCUUUUCUGAAACCCUCAGCAAAUGCCAGUCAGACUGUUCGGACUGAACGCUUAGAAAUUGAAAGCAAAAUUAUCAAGGAAGAAUGCACCGAAGAGAAUGUGACCUUUCACUUCAAAGCCAAAGGGGACACGAUGGAGAUUGGGUGCUCCACCAUUGAGGAAUCUGAAUCCAGAGGGACCAUUGGAGUGGCUUUUGCCUCCUUUUCGGGGAUGGAGUCUCUUUUAGAUGACAGCUUCUUCCAAGACCAUGGGACCCCUUCGGCCAACUCCCAGCGGAAGUUGAAGUCUCGCGUCGUACAGGGCAUCAUGACUGGGGCGAAGAAAGCUGGCUUCUCUGAACCGGUCAUUUACACACUGGAGAACACUGAGCCAAAGCAGGAAUUUGAGAGACCUAUCUGCGUUUCCUGGGACACCGAUGCAGAGGGUGGUAGGUGGAUGCCCUCCGGCUGUGUGGUCCUUGAAGCUUCUGAGACGCACACUGUCUGCAGCUGUUACCAAAUGGUGAACCUGGCCAUCAUCAUGGCUUCUAGGGAGCUCACGAGGGAUUUCUCCUUGUACAUCAUUAGCCACGUGGGCGUGAUCACCUCCCUGGUGUGUCUCGUCUUGGCCAUCGCCACCUUCCUGCUGUGUCGUGCCAUUCGCAACCAGAACACCUACCUCCACCUGAACCUCUGUAUCUGCCUCUUCUUGGCCAAGACUCUCUUCAUCGUCGGUGUAGACAAGACUGACAACCAGAUGGGCUGUGCCAUCAUUGCAGGCUUCCUGCACUACCUUUUCCUUGCCUGUUUCUUCUGGAUGCUGGUAGAGGCUGUGAUGCUCUUCCUUAUGGUCAGGAACCUGAAAGUGGUGAAUUACUUCAGCUCUCGCAACAUCAAGAUGUGGUACCUCUGUGCCUUUGGCUACGGGCUCCCAGUGCUGGUGGUGGCUGUCUCUGCCAGUGUGCAACCUAAAGGUUAUGGGAUGCACAAUCGCUGCUGGCUGAAUCUAGAGGCAGGGUUCAUCUGGAGUUUCCUGGGGCCAGUCUGCACCAUCAUCACGAUCAAUUCCAUCCUCCUGACUUGGACGUUGUGCGUCCUGAGGCAGAAGCUUUCCAGCGUCAAUGCUGAAGUCUCAACGCUCAAAGACACCAGGUUACUGACAUUCAAGGCCUUUGCCCAGCUCUUCAUCUUGGGGUGCUCCUGGGUGUUGGGCAUUUUCCAGAUUGGAGCCAUAGCUAGUAUCAUGGCCUACCUGUUCACUAUCAUCAACAGCCUGCAGGGGACCUUCAUCUUCGUCAUUCACUGUCUGCUCAACCGCCAGGUGCGGGAAGAAUACAGGAGAUGGAUUACCAGGAAGAUCAAACCCAGCUCUGAGUCCCAGACUUCAGGGAUGUUACUGUCCUCUGUCCCCUCCACUUCUAAAACGGCUUAAAGCUCUUUCUUACUUUCAAAUAUGCUAUGAAGCAACAUUUGGGGAAAGCAGGUGCCUACAGGAGCCUACUCUGAAACCUCUUCACAGCCUAAUACACAGAAGUAGGAUCCUGCCAGCCCCAGAACUCUUUGGAAAACAAGAAUUUCUGUUACAGAUGCUCAGUUCAUCUUCCGUGUUCUGUUCUUCGAGUUUCUAGAGUUUUGUGGAAGUAACAGAUCCCAGUGCAAUGGCAUGACCAAGGUUAUCUGGCUACCAUUUUGGUUUCUCCUAAGUUCGUUGGUGCGUGGCCACAAGCAAGCCUCUCCAGCACCUAUCAUGCACUUGACACAGAGCAGCUCUCAAUAAAUGAUUUGUCUUAUGACUGACUGACUCAC